CCAUAGGGACGGACGUGGAGAUGCGUUUGCUAGGAGGACCCAAGCUCCAGCGUGAUCAGAGCCAUGCAUCAACGUGGGACUGGUCGGAGAAUGGUUGGGAUGAAGAGGCAAAUUCGGGCUACGAGGAGGAAUCGCGGACGCUCCCUCAGCAGCAGCGGAAGCAGGAGAAGCAGCAGGGUAGACGAAUGAGCCGAACGCGACCACUGUCCCAGGCGAUGAACCCUCAUCGCGAAGAGCUGCUCAUGCCGGAAGAACAGCAGUGGCGACAGCAGCACCACCGGCAGCGGACCAGGCAAGACGACGAGGAGCAAGGAGACAAUGACUCCCCCCCUGUCAAGGGCAGCAGCAGUGGCGGCGGCGGCGGAAGCAGCAGCGGCAGCAACAACAACCUAAGUAACGGAGGGGGAAGCGGCAGCGGCAGCGGCAGCAGCAGCAGCAGUAGGCGGUGGAGAAGGUGGGCGUCAUCGGAAACGCUGUGCGGCUGCAACAACGAGGAGAGCAGGGCUAGGAAGAAGAGGCAGCAGCAGCAGCAACUGCAGCAGCAGCGCCGGAGUAACAUGAGCAGCCAAGCAGAAGGGCAGCAGCGACAGUCGCCGCUUACUCUGUCGGUCGGCGUGGGCGUGAGCGGGGCACCCCGGGUCCUGCAGUCCCCGAGAAGGCUCCUCUGCGGCAGAAGGAGUUCCAAUCACAACAACAGCGGCGUUGGCGGCGGCGGCGGCAGUGCGGCGGGCGGGUGGCGGGGAACCAUGCGGGAGAUGCGGGGCUUCCUGCUGUGGAUGGCGGUGAUCCUGGCGCACAUGGUCCAGGUCCCCAUGCUUUGGUUCGUCUUCUGGCAGUACGUGUGUCCCCACGUCGGGAACGCGGACCCUGACCGACGGGUGGGGAAGACGGCGCUGCCGCUGUGGCUGCUGUGGGUUCUGGGCUUCCAGCACAUACGAAGGCAUAUUCUGGGCAUGCUGCAACCGCCGCUAGCGAGGGUCAUGCUCAACGGGGAGAUCUUCAUCAGCGUGAGCGUGCUGAUGACGAUAUGCGCGAACUUCAGCACCAUGGUACACCAACCCAGACUCCCUCUAUUCGACGUCGGGUUCUACCUCGUUCCGGCACAGGGGGUGGAUAGCCCGUGGAGGCCCCUGAGCGACAUCCUCACGCUCGCUUUGCCGGGUCUCGCGUUCUUGAGGACGUUGUUCUUCGACCGCCGGACGAGAUGUCGCUUUAUCGCUGAUUGGUUCAGACUCAUGUCGGUGACGUACCUGAUGCGGUGCCUGUGCGUGACCCUCACCUCCCUUCCGGGGCCGGCUCCUCACUGCGAGGCUCUGUCGGAGUACGAUCCCCCUCGGGGUUGGCACGACGUGGCCACCAGGCUCGGCCCUCUCAUGGGCGACUUUCGGACUUGCGGCGACCUGCUAUUCUCCGGGCACACGGCGUGGACGACGGUGUCGAUGUUGCUCCUGACGAAGAGCUUCCGGCGAGCGCCGAGGCUGGUGUACGCGUUCGUCAAGGCUGCGGGGUUCCUCUACCUCCUCACCAUGGCCACGUGCACCAUCGCCGGCCGCAAGCACUACACCGUGGACGUGGCCCUUGCCGUCGUCAUCGCCGGUCUGACUUUCUUCAGGUUCCAGGACGGCAUGUUGCCUAGACGGCAUCCGCCCCGGCCAGCCAGCGGAGCGCCAUCUCCCAACGGCGUCGGUGUCAUCGGCAGCAUCAACGGCGGUAUGGGCUACGGCCAUCAACGCCAUCGCCCCCACUCGAACGCCUACGGCUACCAGAACCUCCACCAGCAGCCGCACGGCAACGGCACCGGCAUCAACGGCGGUAGCGGUAGCGUACGGCCGCAUCGCCAGCACAAGCGGAAGCUCACGGCGGAGGCGGCCGAGGACCUCAUGCUGCCGGGCCCUUCUUCCUCCAGCGGAGGAGGAGGUAUUUCCGGCUCCGGUGCCGGUGCUGCCAAGCGCGGCGGCGGAGGGGUCGGCGAUGCCACCCCGCCCACCCUCUCCGCCUCCGCCCUGGCCGCUGCCGCCGCCGGGGACAUGCGGCCGUCCGCGUCGUCUUCAAGCGUCACCGGCCUGCUCACGACGGCAACGAACCGGGGGGUCGGUGGCGGCGGUGGUGGCGGUGACGGUGAUCGGGGCGGCGGGGUCGGGGUUUUGCUGGCGCAGGGGGGGAGCGUGUUCGUCCGCGGCGCCGGCGGGGGCAGCGGGCGUGGCCACGGCGGCGGCAGCGGCAGCGGUGGUAGCAGCAGCAGCGGGUGGAGGUUGGAGAGAGGAGAAGGGGGGGGGGGCAGGGGGGAGGAGGGCGGGUCGGGUGGGUUGUCUAAGCCGGUGUCGUGGCCGGUGACGUGGCAGCAGCAGCAGCUGCAGCAGCGAAGGAGCGGGAGCGGCGGCGGCAGCGGCAGCGGCAGCGGUGGUGGCAGCGGCGGUGGCAGCAGGCUUAGCGGAGGGAACGGAGAAGACUGGCUGUCGGUGAGCAGCGCCGAAGGAGGGGAAGGCCUGACGGGACCUUUGUUAGAUGGAGGAGAGGGUGCGAUCGCGGGGAGAGGAGGAGCGGCGGUGACAGCGGCAGCGGCGGCGGCGGCGGUGUCGACGGUCGAACGGGGCGCCGGUGCUCGCGCUGGUUCGGGGGGGGUUGCACCGGCGGCGGCGAGAAAAGCGGCGACUGCUUCCGCGAGCGGAGGGCUGUUUAUCGUAUAGCUCGACAGACAGAAAAUACAAAGAGCAGCGUGUGGAACGCCGUUCUCGCGCAGCAAGCGGCGGCGGCGGUGUAUUGCUUAUGUCCUCCACGACAGACGAAAAGCGCAGUACAGUAUCGUGUAACGAAAGACGUAGAUGUUGUGGUUCACAUUAGAUAGGCCCCCUUGGAUUUGGUUGAUUCGAAUGAAGUGCCUUCCGUGAUGGUGGAUGAGGCGGGGUUGGUUCCACCGUUCGCGUUCGUUUAGAGAUAAAAAGGCCGUGUUCAGGUUCUGGCUUUUGCUUGUGGCAAAAAUAUCACGAAACUUCGAGCCCAAACGAUUGAGAACGCAGGCAGGCCCGGGUCGUCUUCGUUCACACGGCGGCGCCCGCGACCACCCCUCUUUGGUGAUCCAACGCCGUUCGUUCGUUGCUGCUGCCGGUUCGGCGGCUCCUACGUAGCCACCGGGUUUGUGAUACGAAGGGGUUAUGAUGGAGAGGUGGCGUAUCUAUAUGCCGUUCAGUGCUGCUCAGCUGCUGGUACAAUGAAAUCCGUUUGUGUCCCUGAUGAUGGCUCCUUGUCGAUUUGGAUUGAUAUUGAUCGGUGUGUGGUCGUUUGUGUCGCGUGACGUCACUUGUCUUGGUGUUUUGUCGUGCUCGUUCGUGUUUUUGAUUCAGUUUUUGAGAAAUCAAAACCGAAUACGGACGGAGUACUCAGUUUUACAGGGGUCGAGGCCCAGUCUUGCUUACCGUAUAUGACACAAGAUAAC